CAGGAGAGAAAGGAGAACUCAUGGAGGACUCUGAAUCAUCUCACUGGUGGAUGGUGGUAAAAUGAUUGGUGAUGGAACAGGACCAAGACAGACUGGCAGAGUUGGGUCUAAAUGAGCACCAUCAAAAUGAAGUAAUUAAUUACAUGCGUUUUGCUCGUUCAAAAAGAGGCUUGAGACUCAAAACUGUAGAUUCCUGCUUCCAAGACCUCAAGGAGAGCAGGCUGGUGGAGGAGACCUUCACCAUAGAUGAAGUCUCUGAAGUCCUGAAUGGGUUACAGGCUGUGGUCCACAGCGAGGUGGAGUCUGAGCUCAUCAACACGGCCUACACCAAUGUGCUACUUCUGCGGCAGCUUUUCUCACAAGCUGAGAAGUGGUACCUCAAGCUACAGACAGACAUCUCUGAACUUGAAAACAGAGAAUUAUUGGAACAAGUUGCAGAAUUUGAAAAAGCAGAAUUUACAUCUUCAAAUAAAAAGCCCAUCAUAGAUAACAUAAAGCCAAAACUUGCUCCACUUAAUGAAGGUGGAACAGCAGAACUCCUAAACAAGGAAAUUUUAAGACUUCAAGAAGAGAAUGAGAAAUUAAAGUCAAGGCUGAAGAUCCUUGAAACACAGGCAACAAAUGCAUUGGAUGAGAAGUCAAAACUAGAAAGAGCACUGCAAGAUUUACAGCUUGAUCAAGGAACUCAAAAGGAUUUUAUAAAGGCGCAAGACUUGAGUGACUUGGAAAACACAGUUGCUGCUUUAAAGAGUGAGUUUCAGAAGACACUUAAUGACCAGACAGAAAACCAGAAGUCCCUGGAGGAGAGUCUAGCAACGGCCAAGCAUGACCUACUCAGGGUGCAGGAGCAGCUGAGCAUGGCUGAAAAGGAAUUAGAGAAAAAAUUCCAACAAACAGCAGCUUAUCGAAACAUGAAAGAGAUUCUCACCAAGAAGAAUGACCAAAUCAAAGACCUGAGGAAAAGAUUGGCGAAAUAUGAACCUGAAGAUUAAAAACUGAAGAAGAUUUCAUCUGGAAGCUGCCACAACAUGAAAGUACAAGCUGUUUCUCACCUCAGGCAUGUAUUUGAAGCAGUUUGUUGUAUUCCCUCUCUUUAUUUUCCUAAUAUUUAGACUUUGCUUCUAAUAUUUAGAACUAGAGUUCCUAUUUCAGUUACCUAAUUGAGAAGAGAGAAAACCUACUGACUGAUUCUGGCCUGUCAUCCCAAACUCCUCUCUGCUGAGUGCUCCAGAAUCUUAGUUCAAAUGCAGUGAGAAUUCUUUAUAGUAAAGAAGAGGCUUAUCCUUCUGCAUUAGUGUAAAGAGCACACCUUUUCAAUAAAUGUUAAAGCUAGCAUCGUCUAUACUUGUGCAUUCCCCAGAGUAAAAGUGUAGAAUUAUUAAAGAUAGUUAUUACAAAUAAACCUUAUUUUUUAACAUGAAA